AUGACCAGUCCUACCAUCCACGCAGAACUGGUCUUCUACAAGGCCCCUAAUGAUGGGACAUCUCCAUACAACUACGUGGAAGAGCCACCACAGGGGGAGCCAUGGCGCAACUACAAUAGCGAUAUUCGUACAGUUCCAAUUCACGACAUUCGAGGCACCGAAGAUCAAUUUUCCCUCGAUCGCGAUGCAUUUCAAAUCCUGAAAAACAUCCCGUCCACAACUAAAUACGAGACGUUCAACUCCGACGACGCCAUUCGGGAGAUAUACUAUCCCGAGGUGGAACAACUACUCCUUGAAACAGUUCCUGGAGCCCACACUAUCAUAUUCUUUGAUCAUACCAUACGCCGGGCAAACCCCCAUGCCCCGCGUCAACCAGUCAACCAGGUCCACGCAGACCAAACCGAGUGGUCCGCUGAAUCGCGAGUGCGCAAGCAUGUAUCUGAUCCGAAGUUGGCGAAGAAGUACCUCAGCGAGCGAUAUCGCAUCAUUAAUGUCUGGCGACCGAUUAAUGGCACCGUUGAAUCUUCGCCAUUGGCAUUCGCUUCUACAACAACGACCGAGGAUGAAGACUUUGUUACUAUUCAGCACCGGUAUCCAACUUUCAAUGGGGAGAUCAUGGGUGUUAAAUACAAUCCUAGGACGGAGUGGAGGUUCUGCGCUGGCGUGAAUGAUGAUGAGAGAAUUCUUCUCAAGUGCUUUGAUAGCCAAGACGGAGUGGCCAAGCGCGUGGCACAUACUUCAUUUGCUGAUCCCAAUACUCCCCCAGGUGGAAAGGCGCGGGAGAGCAUUGAGGUUAGGGCGUUGGUCUUUGGGUAA